AAAGCGUGUAUUGGGGAAAAAAUAAGAGACACGAGAAGAAAGAAAAAGAGAAAAAGAAAAGACCACCAAACCCAUGGAGUUGUUGUGUUGCCAUUUCAUACCUUGGUAGGAGGAGGCCAAAUCCAUAGCCAAAGCCUCUCUCACAAUCCUCAAACCCCUUUUGCUUUACGUUCUUCUCUCUUCCAAAUUCGAUUCCUUUUUAGUCUCACGAGGGGGUGGGGGUCCCUGCUUGAUCUUCAAUCAAUCUAUCUAUCUAUCAACGAUAUUCUUUUUAUUUUUCCGAUCUGCCCCCAUCGGGAUCGCCUCCUCAGUCAUCUGGUACGUUUGAUAAGGAGGAAACAUCGAAUCAGUUGGUGUCGGAAUUUCGAUUGGUUUCUGUCUGAUUGUUUGUCAUAAAACAUUGUAGAGAUCUUUUUGGAACUUUAACUGGUUAAAGAAAAGAUGGAUGAAAACAAUGGAGUUUCAAGCUCACUUCCACCAUUCCUCACCAAAACAUACGAAAUGGUAGAUGAUUCCUCUUCCGACUCAGUCAUAUCCUGGAGCGAUCACAACAAAAGCUUCAUCGUCAAGAACCCCGCCGAGUUUUCAAAAGACCUCCUUCCAAGGUUCUUCAAACACAAGAACUUCUCCAGCUUCAUCCGUCAGCUCAACACAUACGGUUUCAGAAAAAUCGAUCCGGAGAAAUGGGAGUUCGCAAACGAGGACUUUGUCAGAGGCCAGCCUUACCUAAUGAAGAACAUCCACAGGAGAAAACCUGUCCACAGCCACUCGUUACAGAACCUACAAGCGCAGAGUCCUUUGUCCGAUUCAGAAAGACAGAGCAUGAAGGAUCAGAUCGAGAGGCUGAAAAGGGAGAAAGAAGUCCUUCUCGCGGAUUUACAGAGCCAAGAGCUCGAGCGUAAAGGGUUCGAGCUGCAAGUAACAGCGCUGAAAGAUCGGUUGCAGCAUAUGGAGCAGCGUCAGAGAUCUAUAGUGACGUUCGUUUCGCAGGUUUUGGAGAAACCGGGGAUUUCUCUAAACCUAGAAACCCACGAGAGAAGGAAAAGAAAGCUGCAAGAGACGACUUCUUCUCUUCUUCCGAGCAGGUCGCAUGCUGAGCAGGUGGAGAAGUUGGAGUCUUCUUUAACGUUCUUAGAGAAUCUUGCCAUGGAAUCGUGUGAUAAGAGUAUGGAUAUCGAUGUGAACGAGUCAACCAGCUUUGCGGAGAGUCUAAGUAAUGGGGAUAACAGACCAAAGUCAGCAAAGAUUGAUAUGAACGCAGAGCCUGUUACUACCAUUGCUGCUGCUCCGAAGACAGGGGUUAACGAUGUGUUUUGGGAGCAGUGUUUGACAGAGAAUCCAGGAUCGAUUGAACAGCAGGAAGUUCAGUCAGAGAGGAGAGAUGUUGAUGCGAAUAAGAUUGGGGGUGGAAGGACGUUUUGGUGGAAUGCUAAGAAUGUAAAUGAUAUUGCAGAGAGAGUUUGACUUUGAUAUUUGAAGGUCUUUUGUAAAUUAGAUUAUUUUUAUUUUUUUCUAUACUUCUGGACACAACCAUUGACUUGUGGUUCAUUGUUUACUCUGUUUCUGUAAGCUUAUUGUUUUGAGACAAGAGCAAUAUAAAUAGAUGCAUAUUGGCUCUGGAUUGA